AAAGAAAGUAUUGUACUGUAUGUAUCAUCCAUGGGCCGAUGGUCCGUGAACCAGUGAGUCUCGUCAAGCCAUAUAUCGGCCACUCAAUGCGCAGCAGCGCUCUCGCUGUCUUUUUCCGCCGCCAUUAUUGACAUGUUCGACAGGUCCAGUAGGGAAUCGACCUGCGCCACAGAAGAGAAAAAUGGAGCCAUAAAAGUGAACACGGCCAUGGGUCCUCCACUCCCUCAGUCACCUCCUGCCUGCCGAUCUCGUCAAGUCCCGACCAAUCCCGGUCCUCCCCAACCAUGCCCUCCAAACACGAUGAAGACGACGACGGACGCUCAGCCACAUCGACAGCCCCCUUCUCGCCUACUGCAGCUGCAUCAGCCGCCCUCUCUUGCCGCACUCUCUGUAACCGCGUCACCUCAGUGCCGACCUCCGCCAGGUCAACCCGCACUCGCUUGGCCUCGUGGUCAAGCCCUGCGUCGCGCUCAAUGCCCCUGUCUCUGUGUGGUGGGUGGUGUGUCAGGCGUGUUGCAGGGGCCUCGGCAGCCAGCAAUGGUGUCUUGGGGGGUGUUGGGAGGGCGAAUGAUGGGCAUGUGAGUGCUGGCAAAGGGGGGUGGUGAGUGGCGGCCUCCAGCCUGGCCAGGGCGUCGGCGAGGAGGGCGCGGAGGGAGGUGUGCUCGGGCUCCAUCUGGGCUAUUUUCUGCUGGUGUGCACUAAUGGCCCGCUCGGCCGACUCAAGAGUGGCACGGCGCUCAGCCACCUACAUUCAACACACGCACACACACACACACACACACACUUGUCUAUGUGUGUAUGUUGGUGCCUCUCUCCCUCCCUCUCUUCCAGCCACCUGCAGAGCGAUCUCAUUUUUGAGUGUCUGGUGUUCCCUCUGGUGUGCGACCACCUCAGCCUCCGCCCUCAGCUUCUCGUCCAUCGCACGCGUGGCCGCCGCCUCGGCCAUUUGUCGAUCCCGCUGCUCGCGGUCCAGCCGCCCCUGUAGCUGCCGAUGGGCAUCCCUCAUCGCCUCUAGCUCUGCCUUGAAGGCGGCCAUCUGCUGGCGAGAGUGCUGCUCGAGCUCACGAGCCUGCAAUGGAGGCAUGCAGCCAUCCGUUGUCCGUGUGUGUGUGUGUUUGGGGCUGGUCUGCCUACCUGUUUGUGCAGUGCGUCUGCCAUUCGUGUGCGCAGCUCCUCCCUCUCCAUGCGACACGCCUCCUCUAUCUCGUGCUGAGGUCGCACACAGCACAGGCUGCAGACCAUGUGAGUGUGUUGUGUGUGUUGCAUCCGGGCUGCCUCGACUCGCCUCAACUCACACAGUGUGCCACUUGGCAGUCGAGCACUCGCUGCAGUCUGCCCAGGUCCUUCUUGGUGGCCUCAUAUUUCUCCCUCGUCUGCUGGCACUCGUCUGUCAGCCGCCUGUUGUCGGCAGCUGCAGCCUCCAUCUCGAUGCGAUGGCUCUCGGCCUGCUCCUGACGCACCCUCUCCGCCUCUGUCAGCCUGAGAAUAUGAUAGGGCGACAGCAGCAAGUCUGUGGUGCGUCAUUCCUGCUGAAGUUGCUCACUUUGCCUGCAUGUGAUUGCAUCUCUCCUCAGCUAUCCUCCUGGCCUCCUCAACGGCCGCCUCCCGACGAGUGGCCCUCUCCAGCUGAUCCCACACACUCUGCUGCACCUCCGCCUGGUUCUCCACAGAACUCGCCAGCGCCCCCUCCAGCUUCCGAAGGGCGCUCUUGAAGCUGCCCAGGAAGUCAUCUGGCGGUGUCAGGGGCGGCAGGGCGGGUGGGACUGAUGGGGCCGGCUGUGGGAUGGCUGGUGGGGGUGUGGGGAUGACUGGUUCUGGCGGUGGGAGUGCAGCGUAGGGCGGCGGCGGGGAGGGGGGAGGCGGCGGGGAGGGAGGGGAGGGGGGCUUGGGCCGUGCCUACAAAGCGCAAUUGAUGAAUGACAAGACGACACAUGAUGCAAUGAGGCAGGCAGGCUAGUGUCUGUCUGCCUUGGUCCCGUACCUUUCGGACAGGCGGCGGGACAUUCUGAACGAGCCGAACAGCGCAUAGGAGACCACAGCACAGGACAGAGUGAUGGAUGCAUUGUCUUAAGUAUAUUGCAUUGCAUUGCAUGGUGGUCUCACCGCUUUGACUCUUCUAAGAGGGACGACAGUGCGGUCAACUCUAUGUGAUGGAGCCGCCUCCUCACCGGCAGCACGGCACCCACUGCAAGUGGACUCUAAUGCACCUCUCAGCUGCACGAGAAGAAAGAAACAACACAUACCAUCAUCCUCGAUGCAUUCAGAUGGAAGGCUUGGAUGGAUGGCUGACCUGCGAUGGGUGCACUUCGCCUUCAGACAGCGCUUCGCCAUCCGAAAGGCCAUCAUCACUCGCCGCUCGCCAGAGAGGAUUCCGAAGCGCCGGGCACUCGGAUGAUUCUGAUGUGCUUGAAGGCGUUGACACACGACGGCCGCUGAUGGGACGAUGAUACAGCGGUACUGCAGACAGCAUUUGGAGCAAAUCUUACCCUUAACCACCACCACGCAUUUAAAGGCGCCUUUUUUUGAAUCGCGAGGGA